ACAGACAGAGCUGAGCUUGCCUGUGGCCACUGCCCCCCUCCUAGCAUUUCCUUUCUCUUGCUUUUUGCUCCAUCCUAAGUAUGGCUGAGACCGCCAGACCUGAGAGGACCAGGCAAGAGAGGCGGCGGGGAGUCAAGGGCCCCAAGCUUUCUCUCCCCCUCGGGAACAUACCUGAGAUGAGGAGGAUUCAGGGGCAGCUGGCCGGAUCUGACCACCAGGAGGAGGAGCAGCAGCAGCGGGGACGCGACAACGGUCGCUUCUCCUCCAAAAAUCUGGGUAAAACGAAUUACUACAAUUUAUUUUUGAGAUUCUAGAAAUCUAUAACCUAAAACCUAUCUAAGAUCUAGAUAGUUAAAAUCACCGUACCAGGAUUUUAGAAUCUUUUUUUCCCGCGUUCUCAGAAUCAUCCCAUGGGACUCGAUCCAGACAGGUCUCGUUGGAAUGUGCAACGACAAAUCUAAGGCCUUCUUUGGAUCAUAGGAACUUUAUAGGAAUUUCAGAGGAUUUAGUUCCUAAGGAAAAAAUCCUAGAAGACUCCUUUGGCUGAUACAAAAAGAGAGGAAAAUUCCCCUAGAAUUUAAUCCCAUCACAAGGAUUCCAUAGGAAAAAUAAAAAGAGCUUCAACCUCAUGGAAAAUUUUCUGGCGCCAAAAGCGAACGCUCCCGCACUUCCUUGGCUCUCCCGCGACUUGUCUGCUUCCUCCACCACGUAACAUAAAAAAACACGGACCGAUCAUCAGAGAAAAAAAAGACUGGACCGACUCUCUCCGUCUCUCGUCCCUGUCGCCGCACUUCGUCCCCAUCAUUGGUCCCAGCAGCGAGGACCUCCUCAAUGAGUACACACACGCCCAGAGAUAUACAAGCUCGUUUGUGGUGUUCUUCCCCAAUAGCAAGGGAACGUGUCUUAUCUAAUGGAGGAGGCCGUAACCCUCAGUCGCUUGUUGAUGUUGAUGGGGACCAUGGGUCUGCAACAGCUACUCAAGAAAUAGGUGCCCCAAAGAGAGCCAAGUGGAUCCAUGAGAGGAAGUUGUUCCUUAUUCAGCUACUAAAGGAUCACAAUGUGCCGGGUUUUAGAACACAAAAUGCUUGGAGUAAGGAGGCAUGGAACAACAUUGUUCGUCGCUUGAAUGAAAAAUUUGGUACAUCGUAUACUAUUGGCCAAGUCAAACAGAAGGAGCAAGAUUUGAAGAAAGAUUAUCGCAGUGUUAAAGAAUUGGUGGAGCAAAGUGGUUUUGGAUGGAAUGGUGAGAGAAUGAUGGUGGAAGCACCAGAUAGUGUUUGGGCAUCUUUUGCUGCUCGCAAGAAUAACAAGUCAGCCCUCCAUUGGAGAGACAAGUCAUUCCCAUACUAUGAUGAUUUAUCAAAGCUGUAUGAUGGUCGUUAUGCUGAAGGAAGAACUCGUCAAGGUAUGGAUCAUUAUGCAAACAAGACGAAGAAAGCAUCAGCUCCUGGAGGACAAGCAACAACUGUAGCAGAAACAUAUCAGUCACCAUCUCCUACUUUAAAUGGUGUAGAUGAAUUGGGAUUGCAAUUUUCUUUUGAUGAAGAAAUUGAGGGAAAUUUGGGCUUAUCACAAUACCCAUCUGCUCAGGUUCAUGAAAAGGAAGUCCCACCUAGUUCCACACAAAUAACUUCAGAGCUUCCUGAUUCUCGACGUGGAAAGAAGAAAAAAAACAAAUCUGCUAGCCCUCCUGAUGGAUUUCAUGAAAGAUACCUAAAACUAAAGAAAGAAGAAAUAGAUCGAUUUGAUGCCAUUGAAGAGAAGAAAUUGGAAGAUCCUUACAGCAUCAACAAGUGUAUUACUGUGCUUGAAGAUUUGGAUGGUCUGCAAGUGGGAGAUCUAUUGAUGGCAUCUGAUAUAUUCAAGAUUAAGGAUAACAUGGAAGUAUUCUUAUCAUUUAAAAAUGACGCAUUAAGAUUAGCUUGGAUUACAAGCGAGAUUGGUAAGAUAGCAGAUCACCAGAAUUAGAAAUAGAAAGCAAGUAAGGCAUCUAAUCUUUUGGUAUAAUUUAGAGCCUCUAAUCUUUUGGCAAGCAGAGGUUCUAAUCUUUUGGUAAGUAGAACAUGCUUUUUACUAAGCUGACCUGGGUAGUCUGUGUUUGUUAUGUAUUUUGGUAAGGAGGUAACCUUAUCUCAAGUUCUGGACUCCAAUCAUGUCUAAGAAGAUAAAUCGAUAUUGAAAUAUAUUAUCAUACAAAGAUUGCGUAGUUUACAUUA